UCACCUUGAGCAGAGUGGGAAUGGCAGCUGGAAUGUGGGCUGGCAAAGAAAAGAGAGGAAAGAAAACAAAAAAGAAAAUCUUGAGGCUUGUCCAAACCUACUCAUGUUUAUAUUGGAGCCCGUGAGUGACAUCAGAGCAGGGAGAGUAUAAACACCAGCAGGACCUGCUCGGCGUUUUGAAACCUGCGCACACGCCGCUGCCUGCGAACUGCCCGGGGGGAGAUGUGCUGAAGAGACAAGGGGAGAGCAGCAUGAGGCUCCAGCUGGAGAAGCAGCUCCUCUUCCUCUCCCUUCUCUGUAUUUUCUGCAAGGUGUGUGCCCAGCUGUGCCGCAGACCAUGCUACUGCCCCUGGGUGCCACCCCGCUGCCCCCGUGGGUCUCCCCUGGUCCUGGAUGGUUGUGGCUGCUGUAAGAUCUGUGCCCGGCGCCUGGGAGAACCCUGUGACUUCCUCCACAUCUGCGACCAGAGCCAGGGCCUCAUCUGUGACUACAGCACAGCAUCUGCGGGGACAGGAGCCACCUGCAACUUCGAAGACAGCGAGGAGGGCUGUGAGGUGAACGGCCGGGUCUAUAGAGACGGGGAGGUUUUCCAGCCCAGCUGCAAGCUGCAGUGCCGCUGCCUGGACGGGGGCUUCACCUGCGUCCCGCUCUGCCAGGAGGACGUCCGGCUGCCCACCCCUGACUGCCCCUACCCGCGGCGCGUGGAGAUCCCAGGCAAGUGCUGCCCCGAGUGGAUCUGUGAAGCCCGGGACCAGCAUCUGCGCCGGGAUGCCUUGGCAGCCCCCGGGGCACCAUCCUCGCUGCUGCCGUACCCCUGCCAGGAGUGGAGCACAGAGUGGAGUGCCUGCUCCGUCACCUGUGGCAUGGGCUUCUCCACCCGGGUCUCCAACCAGAACCGGUACUGCAGGCUGGAGACUCAGAGGCGGCUCUGCAUGGCCAGACCCUGCCCGGCUCUGCCCGCAGCAUUCCCAGUGAGAGGAAGAGGAGAUCGUUUGUAGCCAUGCCCACCUCAGCCACAUCCCACUGCCAAUGCCUCAUCCUAGCAAAGAGUCUGGCACUAGCCCACAGCACUGUGGUUUCAGUGGAG